AUGGCUCCUAGUCAGAUGCCUAGCCUUGACUCACGGCAAACUUGCGACAGCUGCAGUGGCAUUCUUGGCCUGAGAUCACUGGUUCGGAGCUCCUCUUGGCCUGAGGUCAAUCAUCCGCUCUCCGAUAAGGACGCCGACCAAUGCAUGCUUUGGUUCGCAGCCGCAGACACUCGUCUUAAGUCCGCUGGACAGCGGGAGCUGUUCUGCACGUGCAGUUUCGGAGGGAAGGAGUGCCUGCAGCCCAGGUCUGCUAAAGACGCUAUGGCAGCCCCUGCCAGGGAUGUCAAGGCUGAGCUCAAGCGCAAGAGCUGGGGCUCCGCUACCACCCGGUCGGGCUCAUCGCAGGAUGGCCUGGAAGAGUGUGGCGGGGAUUUGGACCCGUUCGACCCCUCAGAAGACGUGUUGCAACUUGGCAUCCAAAUUAACAUUGAGGAAGAACACAUGCAAAGGGGCUGCAUAGCGGCUUGCGACGAUGGGCUCAUCCCCCAGUGGAAGAACCCGAAGGUGGAUGACCUCAUGGAGUGGCGAGUCUUGAUACAGCACCUGUCCGAAAUGGGCAGGUUGGACAGGUCCGAAUCAAUUCUGGAAUUUGCUUCACAAUGGCAUCGCGUUGCAACAGAUGCCGUCAAUUUGGAGGACGAACUGGACAAGGAUUUGCGGCAACGGAAGUUCUGCGAGUGCCGCUGGUGGUGUAUGCGGCUCGCGAAUGUCGACAAAACUCAUUUCCCAGAAAGUGAUGUCAACGACAUGGUCAGCGCGAACCUUGGAGAUCUGCUCGAGCACUGCUGCGACGAGGACGUAGCUGUGAGGAAAGCCGCCCACUAUCUUGUUAUGAACUAUGGGUUUGGUGGCCUUCCCUUCGUGCAGCGAUUGAUUGCCGAAGCCAUGCUUGACCGGAUGGAAGACCUGCUUCCAGAGUCCGGAGACAUCAGCAAAGAGGCCUUCGAGCAGGCAAUGCAAUGUGCGACGCAUCUUACUACCAUUCUGCGCGCACUGACGAAGUCUCAGCGUCAGAAGUGGGUGUCCCUGCUGAUCAGAGCCCUCCAAAUUGAGGAGCAGGACGAAGUCCAGGAGACACUGAUUUCUGAUCUGAAGAUCCUGUGGCGAGUCGAUGACGACCCCAGACGAAGCUAUGCAGAAGCAGAGGAGCAACUGAAGACUUUCUCUGUGCAUGCCAACAGGCAAUUGCAAUACGAGAUUUGGCUAGUCACCGAUGGUCAGUUUUUUUUUUCUCAUCUCAAGAGCGGAGUCUACAACACCGCAGUCUAUGGCCAUCCUGUGGCCAGAACGAAGGUGGAGUGCUUGGGCGACCUGCAGGGGCCCAAAUUCCGCGUCGGGGAGCUCGCCACGGAUCCCAUCCCCCUGGUGAACGGCGAGAUCUUGGAGCUCCCGCGUAAGGGCUGCUUCAUUGAGGAGUUGGGCGUCAACGUCGAGUGCCUGGGAGACCUUCAGGGGCCCAAGUUCCGGGUGGGUGAGUUGGCCGGCGAGCCUGUCCAGCUGCAGAACGGAGACAUCCUGGAGUUUGGCAUCUGCAAGGACGACAACGACCUCAUCAAGCCGGGCCGCAUCACCAUGAUACCGACAACUGAGCAGAAUGCCCUGGUCGAAGCGUGCAAGGUCGGCACAGUUCUGCUCAUUGAAGAUGGGCUCAUGGAGGUGAAGGUGACAGAGAAGAUCUCCUCCACAGAGCUCAAGGUGGAAGUCACUCGCGGAGGGAAGCUGAAGGCGCGCAAGGGCGUCAACGUGCCGGACUUGGAGAUCGACUGCGCCGCCCUGACGGCCAAGGACAUCGAGGAUGCGGAGUACCUGCUGCAGCUGGAUCCUCCUAUUGAGUUCGGAAUCAGCGUCGAUGACAACGACAACAUCAAGCCGGGACGCAGCACUCUGAAGCUGAUGGAGGAGAUCGAUUGUUCAGAAGAGGAAUGGAGCUGGCCGGCAACCCCGGAAACAUGGCCAGCUUGGGCGGCAGCGAAGCAGGAGAUGAUCCCCAAGAUGAUCGAGGAUGUGCGGCCCUUCUGGAUGGAAAUGACAGAGGGUGAUGAAGGUGUCACUCCUUUUGAUGAGCCGUUGACAGGGAAGCUUGGGCGGGCUCCGUCAUGGACGACUUCAGUCCGUCUCCACGGUCCCUUCGUGACUCCUCCGUGUCCAGCUCGCCAAGUUCUCCGGCACUGA